CAUCCAAAGAUUACGGCUUCUGUUGAGGCUUAUGGGCAUGAAAUGCCCUACCACUUGAUGUAUGAGAACCUAAUUCUAGUAGCUGGUGGGAUUGGAAUUUCCCCAUUCCUUGCUAUCUUGACUGAUAUUCUCCACCGAAUUAGUGAAGGGAAACCUUGUCUGCCAAGAAAAGUCUUGAUAGUUUGGGCCAUCAAAAGAUCAGAUGAGCUUCCUCUUCUUUCAACUGUUGACAUGGAGUCCAUUUGCCCAUCUUUCCCUGAGAAGUUAAAUCUUGAGAUUGAUAUUUAUGUUACUCGGGAAUCAGAACCACAAUUGGAGGAGGGCGUAGUCGGCAAGCAAAUGACUACUUCUAUCUGUCCUGUUACCAAAGGUUGUGAUAUGUCGGUGUUGGUUGGUACAGGAGAUAACAUAUGGUCUGGUUUAUAUGUUAUCUCGAGUACAGCAGGCCUUUUUAUUCUAUCAGGUCUGCUAGAUAUGCUUUACCUAAAGCCGUAUAGCAUAACUUCUUGGUGGUACAGAGGGCUUCUUUUCACAGGGUGCAUGGUUGUAAGCGUUCUUGUGUUCGGAGGUGUUGUGAUUGGUCUAUGGCAUCUAUUGGGUCAAAGAAUUCCGCAUGACCAGGACGAGAAGAUGAAGGUUCAUGAAGCACAUAAUAACGAAACUGAUGGAGCUAACAAGGAUUCACUUCAGAAGACUCUGACGCAUUUAAGCGAAAUUCACUAUGGUUCAAGACCAGACUUCAAAGAAAUAUUUGGAGGGAUACAUGGGAAAUGGGGAGGAGUUGAUGUGGGGGUGAUAGUAGAAUGGUCAAUUUAG